CACCUUUCAACCGGAAGAAGUUAUUUGAGGUCAAAGGGAUUCUGAAAACUUCUGCUGAAGAGUGGAAAUCUGAAAUAAAACGUGUGGUCAAGGCUCAGAUUUCCCCAAAUUCCUACAGAGAGGGAAGAGCAGCCUUGGUGAUCUGUGAAACUAUCAACAAAGCCAAAGAGCUCUAUGAGGAGCUGAAAAGCAUUGUCCCAGGUCAAAUUGUUCUCUACAUCCGCAAUGACAAAGACAGUUUGAGCAAAAUAGAUAAGAUACUGAAUCCUGGUGAUGUCAUUGUUGCCACAAAUCUUGCUGGGCGUGGUACAGACAUAAAAAUCUCUGGCAAGGUGAACAAAAAUGGAGGAUUAUUUGUGAUCCUCUCCUUCCUUGCUGAGAACACAAGAGUGGAACGCCAGGCAUUUGGCCGAACGGCUCGCAAAGGUAAACCUGGAUCUGCACAGGUAAUCAUGACCACUGAUCAUCUGGAGGAGUCGGUGUCUUCUCUGGAGGAGGCAAAGGAAACAAGGGACAGACUUGCAGCAGAAAGGAUAAAGGACACGAUGAACGAUAUCACUGAGAUGAAACUGAGGGAGGACCUGUUUUCACAGUACUGCAAGACCCUUCAGGAAAUUUACAGAAACACAGAUGGAGAUGAGGAGAGAGCUGUUGUUGCUGUCAUGAAUGAGUUCUGGGGGAUUUGGUUGCAAACUAAAUCCGAAGAAAUUGACCAGCUGAAAAGAAAUGAACUACAGGAGAGCUUGAAUGCUGAUUUGUCUCAGGCAAAAAGUCAGUCUCAAAGUCAGACUUCACCGUGUUCUAGCAUUUACCACUACAUCAAGUUUGGGAAUAUCGCACUGGAUAAAAAACAGUGGGAUACCAGCAUGAAGCUCUUUGAGAAAGCUAUGGUACAAGAUGAAAGUUGGGCAGCCAUAGCCUUUUACAGUCAUGCAUACUGCACUAUAAAGCAGAAGAAGGAGGAUUACCUCACUAAGGCCAGAGAUGAUCUCAACAAAGCACAGGAGUCUCUGAAGUACCUCAGUGAGGAAUGCAUGGUCUGCCUCCAGUUUGUAAAAAUGUCCUCUGCUGAAUCAGCUAACAGCAACCCAACCAGCCUGGAGAAACAGCUAACAACCAGGUGCAAGAUGUUAGGUUUCUUUGAUAAAAACAUUGAUGAAGCAAUUAAAAAGCUGGAGGAGAUAAAAGACAAGGAUGGGGGAGCAAUAGCCAAAAAAUCACCCACGUUCUCCCUGGUGUCAGGCGACGAUGAAGAGCUCCAAGUGGAGGCCUACAAUCUGUUCAGUCGAGGUCUGAAAUAUGUCUUUGCUGUGGAAGAGGAGCCUCGUUUCCCGUGGGGAGCUCUGGCAGUGUUCUUCUUAGGAAUUCUGCAGAUUAUUGGAGGAGCACUGCUCACUGUAUUCACAUGUGGAACAUUAGCCUCGGUUGGCAUGGGGCUGAUCACAGAGGGAAUAUCAGACUGUAUUACCGGCAUCGAGUCCAUGGUGACUGGAGAAUUCAGUUGGAAAUCGUGGGCUAUAGGAAAAGCCAUUUCUAUCGGUGUAUCUCUCAUUGGCUUUGGAGUUGGAAAGUUGAUUGCAAAGGGCUUCAAAAUGUCUAAACUGUUGAUCAAGAGAUUUGGCAAAGAACUGAAGUCACUGCCAAAGUUUCUCUCCAAACAGGCUAAAGAUGGACUUUGUGCUGUUGCAAAGACUAACAUGGUGAAUGUAGUGAAGCACACUGCCAAAAAAGUGGUAGAGGAGGUCAUUUCCUAUGGAUUUGGGAAGGCAGAGCAGGCAUUACUGACACAAAUAUUAGAUGGCAUUAAGGACGAGGUGAAAAGGGGAGUAGUAAAUGAUGUGAAAUCCAACAUGGAGAAAGAGCCCAUGGCUGAAUUAGUAGACUCCAUCAUACUCUCACACGUUGAAGAUAAACAACAACUGGCUGAUCUCAUGCAGAACGAGGAAAGAAAGAACAGGCUUCUGGAUAUUUUCAAAAAUCUGAGCAACACAGCAAUACAGCCAUUCUACGCCGACCUCGGCUGGCAGAACAAGCUUAACUCAUCCAUCUCUGCUGUGAUUAACAAAGCUAAAUCAGAGGCCAAAGGAAAAGCAAAUGUAAUUCUGUCAACCAUCCAAGCCAUCCAAGUGGGUGCAAUGGCAGGAGAUGCCAUCAGUACAAUCCUCAGCCUCUCAAACAAGUUUUUCUCAAACCUUCAGGAACAAAUGAACACAUUUAAAAAGAAAAUCCAUGAGAAACCAGAGAAAGUGAAGCAAAAUGAUCUGAGUGCAUCAGAAACCGAGAUGCUGAAAAAAUUCAAGCAGGAGUUAGCUGACAACAUCAGUGCUUCAUUAGCCGACGCUCUGGUAGAAGUGUUCCACCAAAAGUUCUCCGGUCACCUUGUUUCUUAUGCCCAAAGUAAAGUAAAUGGCUUCAUAGGCAAUUAUGUAAGAAGUGGCUUAAAGAGUGGCAGAACAGAGGAAAAACUCAGAGCUGGACAAAACAACAGAUACAUUGCAUACAUGCCAGUAGAACUGAGUUCAAAACAGAAACUUGCAGGUAAACACUCACAGUCACAGUCACAUGCUGAAAAGAUCAAGAACCCUGCGACAGCAGGCACCAUUCUCGAUGCCAGAGUCCUGUCGGAAACCACUGGCACUAAGGUUGUCAUCCUAACAGAGGACAAACAUGGCAAGCUUACCAAGAUGCAGGAGCUGAAGCCAGGCACUAAACGUGCCAGUCAAACUGUGACACUGAUCUACAGACCAAAGAGUCCCCAGUACCCAGACGGCCAUUACGACGUGCGCAUCGAUAAUAAGACAGUGACUGUAACCAGCCAAGGUAAGAACUGUCUGUUUCACGCUUUAGCACGAGGCAUGAAACCACAGGCCAGUGAAGAGGAGAUCACUUUGGAAGCAGGACGCCUCCGAUCUGCAGAGGCAGAGACUCUCAAGGAACAUCCGAACCGAUGGGAGCCUUUUGUCAGACGCAAAGAGUGGACAGACAAAAUAAGAGGAGGAGACUGGUACAUGGCAGAGGGAGCUGGACCAGGAAAGCCCGUAACAGAAAACAAAAGGGUGCUCAAAAGAGAGGUUGGAAAAGUAAAAAAGUACAAAGAUUGGUUAAAGUAUAGUAAAAACAAGCCCAAAAUUGGACAGUUCAUCAAUGCUGAUCACCAACCACCAGUGAAUAGUAUACUGCAAGCCAGAUCAUUGAACCAGAACAGCAAAUUAGCUGGAGCCAUGCUUGAGGUGGCAACAAACUCUGGUUCUCUGGAUUCCAAUCAGAUUCGUGAUGUGAAAAAAUAUCAUGGGCGUGAACUUCCAACUGUUUAUGUGCCAGCAGAAAUACAUCGUGAGUUUCCUAGUACAAAAACAAAAGCAUUCAGGAAGUUACUCGCUGACAACAUGAGUCAGGAUGAUGUUGUGGGCACCUUCAAACUGACCGUUCUAGGUGCAAUGCCCAGAUUCAAGUUAGACAGCACCAAGAACUUCAACGACUUCACAAACAGCCCAAUGAGCAAAACCAGGCUUGAUGUGUUUGAACAAAGUUUUGAACAACACUCCAAGGAUAUGUUACAAAACUGGUACAACCACCUUAACAGCAAGGGCGUCAUGACCCAGGCCGAUCUCAACACCCUCACUGCGUGGAUCGACAACAAGGGCUACGAGGAUCAAAAUGACCCAUACAGGAACAAAGUCUCCAGGCUCCUAUGAAGCAAAGUGAAAUAUUGACACCGGAUGAUCUGAUUGGCUCAGAAGGACAAGGGGAACCACACAGAUCUACCUGCCUGAUGUUCAUCUGGACACCUGUCUGGAUAUUUGUAAUGAGGAUGGCUUUUUUAAAAUUCAAAAUAAUUACAUUUUAGAUUGAGGAACCUCAUCAUAGAAAAUGUAUUAGUUGCAUAUUCAAAGUUUAUUCUAUUUUACUACCUUUCAUAUUUUACUUUAAUUAUUUCAGACAUCUAUUAAGAUAUUCAUGUCAACAUACAGCUGGUUACUUAAGUCAUGUACACGCUGCACAUGAGAUCACUUCUAUUGUCUAGUACAUUAGUUUUACUGUUAACAACUCAACCAAAGGCAUCAUCAACUGAAACAAAAACGUGUGGUUAUUAAGACAUGUUCCACUUGUUUUUCUUUUGUUUUUAAUUGCUGUUUUUAAAUCCUCUUUUUGUCUUUUUGUUCUGCUAUACAAAGUUUAUUAUUUUAUUAUUAUUACUCAGUGUUAAUGAAACAUAAUCAAUGAAAUCAGUGACAAAUUUAUCAGAUGUAUGAUUUUAAAGCCUCACAUAAUUUGUGGUUGUGCUGAACUGAUUGUUCUUUUUUUCAUUGUUUUAAAUAAAAUAGUGAUGACAUGGUAGAAGACAGAGAGGCUGUUAUACUUGUAUUUGUACUUUUUGUACUUCUAUCCUCACAACUUUAUGAGAGGUUGAUGUAAGUUAUCUGACAUACGUUAAACACUUAAUUCAACAUUUUGUCCUCACACUUGACAGAUGUUUGUUCUUUCUGCAGUUUUAUCUUUAUAGCUUUAAGUGAAACUUAAAACCCUGUUCAACCAAUUAUCCAAUGACAGUUGUCGACUGUAACAGUUUGUCUCAUGUCUUUGUUCACUUUGAUCAUGACAGUAGUGUCAAAAACAUCUGUUUGCACCAUUAAAUGCUUUAAACUGA